GACUGGUUCUACAUAGCUAAGGACAGCUAAGAACCAUCAAACCGUGGUAACAGGAAGAUUCCUAGCCCAGACACGUGAAGAGCUGUGAGGAGAACCUAUCUGAAGUCCCAGAGCUGGUGCUGAGGACCCAGACGCAGUCAUGGCAUCCGAUUUUAUAAGAUUCGGGUGCGAAAUAGCUGCCAUCAUCGUGGACGAACUGUGCAGAGAUGACCUGAAGCUCUUGAUAACUGAAGACGGAGCCUGGAAGGCGUUUGUGGAGGCAGCAGAGUUGUCAAGCGAGGAGGAGGCUGCCCUGCGUGAUGCACUGGAGAAGCGUUUAGCCCAGGAGCCCGCAGAUGAAGAUGAUGAAACAGAAAAGAGGCAGCAGAAAGAGAAUUUUCUGAAAGAAUUUCCUGAGUUGAAAGGGAAACUUGAAGAACACAUCAGGAAGCUCCGAGCUCUGGCUGACCAUCUUGACCAGGUGCACAAGGGCUGCGCCAUCGCCAAUGUGGUGUCCGGCUCCACAGGCAUCGCUGCUACAAUCGCUGGAUUAGUUCUGGCACCCUUCACAGGAGGGGCCUCUCUGAUUAUGUCAGCAGCUUCAGUGGGUCUAGGAGCAGCCGCAGCUGCGACUGGCGUCACCACUUCCAUUGUGGAAGAAUCCAUCAGAACGGCAGAUGAAAGAGAAGCCAGGCGCCUGAUUGAAGCCAGCAUGGACGAACUGGACAGAAUUUUGAAGAUCAUGCCUUUGAUCACAUUCAAAUUUAGUAGUAAGGGUGUGGAAAUAUUCUGUGCCUGGAAAACCCUCAGGGAUCACAUUCAAGCCAUCAGAACAGGCCGAAUCAGGAACUUCACAACGUUUAGAGAAGGUAUUAGGCAGUUGAGGAAUCUCAUAUCACGAGAUAUUCCCCUAGGAACCAGAGUAGCCAAGAUUGCAGAAGGACUCAGUAAGGUUUCAAUAUUUGGAUUUGAUGUGUAUAACCUUGUGAUUGACUCCAAGGAUUUACACAAUGGGGCAAAGACAAAGUUGGCAAGAGCAAUACGGGAGCUGGCUAACAAUCUAGAAGAGAAGUUGCACGAAUUUGAGCAGCUCCACAAGGCUCUGCAGUCAGUCUAG